AUGUCGCGAGCAGCGGAUAGCCGCCUAGGGCUGUCUGGGGGACAAGUGGUCUCUGCAUCCCCCCUCCUGUCACUGCUGCUGCUCCUCGCCUGCUUCGGGGACUCCUGCAGAGGUGCUCCAAUAUCACCUCAAAGAUUACAGCCAGAGCAAGAACUACAAUUGUGGAAUAAGGUGCAUGAAGCUUGUUCAUCCUUUCUGUCUAUUGACUCCCAAGCUGAGGCAUCCGCUGCACUGAGGGAGUUCUGCCGUGUGGUGACGGAGAUCCGCCAGAAGCCUCUGGAACAAAAUGAGAAAGAUAAUACUAAGAGGUUCUUAUUUCAUUAUUCAAAGACAGAGAAGUCGGGAAACUCAAAUAUUGUGUCGUCCGUCGUGCAUCCGUUGCUGCAGCUCGUUCCUCAACUCCAUGAGAGAAGAAUGAAGAGAUUCAAGGAAGAAUUCCGGAGUCCUUUUGCUGGUCAAAGUAGGGGAUACUUUUUAUUCAGGCCACGCAAUGGGAAGAGGUCAACAGGUUUCAUUUAAAAUGAUGUCGACUGAUUUUCCAUUGAAACAGUGCGAUAAGAUAUAUAAUAUACUUACAUUUUGUUUUAAAAAAUGAUUCCUCCUAAAUUUACUCUGUGGCAAACCCCUGUGUUGUAACAUUCUCUGUGACAG